UUUCCCGAGGAUAUCCCGGUGCAAAAGUUGUUUGUCUUCAAAGCCUCAAGGCUGCGGGGCUGUUUCCUCGCCCUCUGGCUGCGGGGGGCAAGGGGGGGAGAGAAAGAGAGCGCUCUUUUUCUCUCUUUCCUUUUCUCUCUCUUUUUUCCGGCUUUGCAUGUCAGGUUUCCUGUGUUUGUCAGCGAGAGACAAAUGGCAAGCAUGGACAGGCUGCCUGGCAAGGGCUGAGCCGCCGGGACCGUUAGACCGGCGAGGGGGGAAGAGGAAAAGAAGGCGGAAAAAAAGGGACGGCUGAGCGUUUCGGGGGGGGGGCCCUCCCCAUCAAGCAUCCCGGAAAGGGGACUUUUCUCCCUCUUUGCUUUCUUUUCUUUUAUUGCAACUGCAGUUUUGCCUGCAGCGGCUCUGCCUGCCCCGAGAGCGCUUGCCGAGCGCCGGCUAGAGAGCGCUGCAGCCCCCCUUGAGCCAUGGCCAGUGACUGCGCGGCCAGGAGCCUGGAUAGCAUCGACCUUGCUGCGCUUAGGGAUCCAGCAGGAAUAUUUGAACUAGUACAAGUUGUUGGCAAUGGGACAUAUGGACAAGUCUAUAAGGGUCGCCACGUGAAGACCGGGCAGCUAGCGGCCAUCAAGGUUAUGAAUGUGACCGAGGAUGAAGAAGAAGAAAUCAAACUGGAAAUAAAUAUGUUGAAGAAAUACUCCCAUCACAGGAACAUUGCAACGUAUUAUGGAGCAUUUGUAAAGAAAAGUCCUGCGGGUCAGGAUGACCAGCUGUGGCUGGUAAUGGAAUAUUGUGGAGCCGGUUCUGUAACAGAUUUGGUGAAGAAGACCAAAGGAAACUGUUUCAAAGAAGACUGGAUUGCAUAUAUAUGCAGGGAAGUUCUCAGGGGAUUAGCACACUUACAUGUUCAUCACGUUAUCCACCGAGAUAUUAAAGGGCAGAAUGUGCUCCUAACAGAAAACGCUGAAGUGAAACUAGUGGAUUUUGGAGUGAGUGCUCAACUAGACAGGACGAUUGGCAGGAGAAACACAUUCAUCGGGACCCCCUACUGGAUGGCGCCCGAGGUCAUUGCUUGCGAUGAAAACCCAGAGUCAACAUAUGACUACAGAAGUGACUUGUGGUCGCUGGGAAUCACAGCUAUUGAAAUGGCUGAAGGAGCUCCCCCCUUGUGUGACAUGCAUCCCAUGAGGGCUCUGUUUCUCAUUCCACGGAACCCUCCCCCCAAACUAAAAUCCAGGAAAUGGUCAAAGAAAUUUCUUAACUUUGUGGACAGCUGUUUGGUUAAAAAUUAUGUGCAUCGCCCAGCAACGGAAACUCUGCUCAAGCAUUCCUUUAUCAGGGACAUGCAGAAUGAACGGCAAGUGCGCAUCUUGCUGAAGGACCAUCUAGAUAGGACCAGGAAGAAGAAAGGAGAGAAAGAUGAAACAGAAUACGAAUACAGUGGAAGUGAGGAAGAAGGCGAUGAGCUGAAUGAAGAUGAAGGAGAACCAAGCUCCAUUGUUAAUCUCCCCGGUGAAUCCACCCUCCGCCGUGAAUUCCUGAGGCUUCAGCAAGAGAACAAAAGCCGUUCCGAUCCUCAGCGACAGCAGCAGAUCCAGCAGCAGCAGCUGAAAGAUCAGGAAAAGUACAAAAAGCAGCUCUCGGAAGAGAGGCAAAAACGAAUUGUGGAACAAAAGCUGCAGAUGAAGAAGUUGGAGGAUCACCAGAAGAGGGAAGAGCUUCGGAAGCACCUGGACCUUGAAAGGAGAUGUCCGGAAAUCAAGGCCACUCAGAGCAAAGCUGACAAGGAUAAAGAUGGCAGGCGAAGUCAUGAAGAUGGGUGGGGCAAAGCAGAUGGAGAGAAGAAGCCGGAAUUCCAGCAGAAAAAAGUUGAAGAAGCACAUCACGGUAAAAAGCUCCACCGGACUCUUCCCAAAGACCAAACACAGUUGCUUUCUCUCCAGCAUGAUCACAAGCAGAAAAAUAAAGACCCUCCCAGGCUUCUCGCCCCUCAAGCCCGUCUCCCAUCAAAUAGCACAAGCAAAGAGAAUGAGAACAAGCACAAGAAGAGCGAUAGUAUCCAAACUGACCUCAAGUGGGCAGCCGUUCUUGGGCGUGAUCACACCACCUCGCAUGGCCGACAGGGUUCUGGAAGCAGUUCCAGUCCAUGUACUCCGGCUUUGCAAAGAGCAGUGAUGGCUCAGAAUGAAAACCUGCGGACCAGUCGAGAUAUGUAUCACAGCAGUUCAUUAUCUGAUGUGGCUGUAACACCACUGAGCCCCAGUCAGGAUGAAGUCUUCUGGAGUAUAUGUCAAACUGAAGAGCAACCUCCAAAGGUCCCUGAAAGAACAACCUCAAAAUUUUAUACCAGCGAUCAUCUUGGCCAUCAGAGUUACCCUUCAAGCACACAGCAGGCAUCCAUCGGGGGACACGCAAUGAAAACCAACAGCAGCUGCAGCAGCAACAGGCACAGGGAGUCUGCUUCUCAUCAGAACAACCUAUCGACUUCAGGAUCAUCCAGAAUGAACAGCCACUACCAGUCCUGUAAGAAACCUGAAAAUACAUCCCAUCAAUGCCAUAUUUCAAGUACACCCUUUUUUACCAAGGGGAAAGAUGGCAGCAACUCACUCCAGAAAUCAUCAGAAUAUUCAUCGUCCAGUGAUGAAGUGUGCAGCAGUGAUGAUGAUGACAUUGACAGCAAUCGGAUCAGGCAACCACUCAGCAAUGGAGUGAUGGGUUUCUCAAGGGCAAGAGUUCCAGAUGGGAUCGAAUUGAAACCUCAGAACGCUGCAGUGGAUCAGAAGGAUUAUGUUGUAGGAAAACUCAGCUGCAGUUCUCAGGAAGGAUUCUGGGGCAUGAGCAACCAAAAUUAUCUUCUCCCAGACCUCUUGCAACAGAGCCAGAUUUCGGACUGUUCAGCAAACCAGCUAAAAGUUGCCGAGAAUAACUUUCAGGAACCUCAGAGCAAGGCUGUUCCUAACAAGGCGCCAAGCGCUGACAAUACCCCCUCAAAAAAUAGUUCCUCGUCUACUUCAUCGUUUACUUCAUUCAUAGAUCCUAGGCUUCUACAAAUGUCACCUCCUUCCAGUCCGAUUGGACCAAACUGUAGUUCCUCAUCCGAUGUGAAACCGGAGCCUGCCAGUAGGCAAAAUACAAGGAAAGGCUCCGUUGUCAAUGUGAACCCCACCAACAUCCGGCCGCAGAGCGACAGCCCAGAAAUCCGCAAAUACAAGAAGAAGUUCAAUUCAGAGAUCUUGUGUGCAGCAUUGUGGGGAGUGAAUUUACUUGUGGGGACUGAGAAUGGAUUGUGGCUUCUCGACAGAAGCGGCCAAGGAAGAGUUUACUCAUUGAUAACCAGGAGGCGGUUCCAACAGAUGGAUGUGCUGGAAGGAGUCAAUGUGCUAAUUACCAUCUCAGGCAAAAAAAAUAAGCUACGGGUAUACUAUUUAUCCUGGUUACGGAACAAGAUCUUGCGGAAUGACCCCGAUGUGGAGAAACGGCAAGGCUGGGUGUCAGUGGGUGAUCUGGAAGGCUGCAUACACUACAAAGUUGUGAAAUACGAGAGGAUCAAAUUUCUUGUGAUUGCUGUGAAAAAUUCGGUUGAAGUCUAUGCCUGGGCUCCUAAACCAUAUCACAAAUUUAUGGCCUUUAAGUCCUUCACCUCACUUCACCAAAAACCACUGUUGGUUGACUUGACAGUUGAGAAUGGGCAGAGGUUAAAAGUCAUCUAUGGCUCGCCGGUUGGAUUUCAUGCUAUUGAUGUGGACUCUGGCUCCGUGUAUGACCUGUACCUGCCGACCCAUAUCCAAGGGAAUAUCCACCCGCAUGCUGUCAUCGUACUCCCUAAUACCAGCGGAAUGGAACUUCUACUCACCUACGAAGAUGAAGGAGUCUACAUUAAUAUUUAUGGACAUUUCUCAAAAGAAAAUGUUUUACAGUGGGGAGAAAUGCCAGCAUCUGUAGCUUACCUUCAAUCCAACCAAGUGAUGGGCUGGGGAGAGAAAGCUAUUGAACUGCGCUCAGUGGAGACGGGAAACCUGGAAGGAGUGUUCAUGCACAAGAAAGCACAGAAGCUUAAAUUUCUUUGUGAAAGAAACGAUAAGGUAUUUUUUGCAUCUGUUCAGUCUGGAGGCAGCAGUCAAAUUUACUUUAUGACACUUGGUCAGAACAUACUAUUCAACUGGUAAAUCACAUCAGAAUGAAAUGUCGUUUGAUUUUUCCCCACUGGAUGUAAAAAGCAAGCUGGUUACAGAAGUUUGCACAUUUUUCCACAAGGGGAAAAAAAAAUCUACCGUCAUUAUACCAUCCUUUAGUCGUGGAAGGGUUCUGUUUUCCUUUCUAAGCAUUGCAAAUAUAUUGCUUGCUAUUUAAAACCUGCCAUUUAAUAACCUAGAGAGCUACUUUUAAAAUUGAAGACCAAAUAUCUGAUUGAGCAAACUGUAGCCAAGUUAGCCAUUUUUUGCACAAAUAUUGUAAUGUUAUUUUGUUAAGUCUUUGUGUUUUUAUUUUGGACCGCAAGGUGUACAUAAGUGUCUUGCUACAUGCUGGAAAUCCAUUUGAUGCUAAAUUUUGUAUCAUUUUGCUCUUGAAAAAUCUGCUUAGUCAGAAGUAUUUAUCUUCAUCUCAGAACGUAUAAGUGGCAACUUUUAAUUAUCAGCAAAAAGAUAUCAUGCUCUUGUGCAGCUUUCAUUCUUUUUCAAAUGAGACAAGCCCAGGAGAACUCUCCUGUGGUUUGCACCCUGAGCCAUUGUGCUGCUGGGGGUCUACAGAGACCUCCUGAUCAUUAUCAGGUUUUAAAACUUUUUUUUUUACCUAACAGUAUUCUGCUCUUUAUGGUAUACUUGUAGGAUGUGUUUCUAAGCAUAUUUUAAAUAGCAAUAUAUCACUCAUGGCCAUGGAGUAUUUUGUAGAUGGAUCGUACAAAUCUUGCUUGCACAAGUGGCCUUUAAAGCAAGUGCAGGAUCCAGCUUCUUUGUAGUUUCUUGGUGACAUAAUCUCCUGGUUUCAGUAGAAACCUCUGUUUAUGUAUCGGUCUGUAAAUAUGUUCUCCUAUCACAUUUAACAAAUGUGUGUUUAAUGUAACUAUAGAAACAACCCAAAGAAAGAAAGGGCACAAUUCAUUGGGAACUUCUCAUUGGAAUGAGGAUUGUGCCUGCUCUCUUCAGUGGGGCUUAACACAGGAACAGUUAUCAGUGGAUCAAACUAAUAACCUUUUAAAACACACACAAUUCCUGAUAGCUUUUUUGUGUAAAUUGUGUCCAAGCAAUAGUGACACACUGGUGUUUUUCCACCGUGAAAUUAUAUACUCAGGGGCUUAUAUAUUGGGCUACUCUAGGCUUGAGCUUUCAGGUUUACAUGUACAAUCAUGGUAAAGGUCAUACAAUGCUUUGAAAAAUGUAAAGCACUAUAAAAAGUACUACGUAAUAGUAUGAUUAUAUAAUAACUGAAAACUUGAUACAAAAAUAUUUUUAUCCGAGAGAGAGAGAGAGAGAUCUUUAUUGGUGAAGGGGAGGAUAGGGGGUGGGGGGUGAUAUUAGGUGCAGUAUUUAAAAUAUAUAAUAUUAACUUUUUUAACAUGAGAUGUGCCAGACCAGAAGUUGUAGUGGCACUGGCUGAGUACAUGCUAUGUGUGUAAAAGGGUUGGGAUUCAUUCCCUGACAUGUCCAGUUAAAAGGAUCUCAGUAGCAGACUAGAAACAACAGGAGAGGUGGUGCUUGUCAAAAUAGAUAAUGCUGAGCUAGAUGGGUAUGACCUGAUACGAGGGAGCUUCUCAUGUAUCUGUGCACAGCUGUGUUUUGGAAAAGGCAUACUUUUUUAGUCGGGGACCAGAGGACAUGAAUUUCUAGUUUUUGCAGAACAGAUAAUGGAGUACUGUGAUCAGAUUGAGCUCUGAUGCUCUAGCCAUUUGGGGAGAUUAUUUAGAAACCAAAGACUUGGCUCUUUGUCUUAAAGACUAACUUAUUUUAUUUUAAAAGCACAAGCUGUCAUAGACUACAGCCCACUUCAUCAGAUUCCAUCUAUCACCUGAAUCAGUUUGAUCGAGGAGAGCCACUUUGAGACCCUCAAUGGAACUGCUAGAUAGUUAAAAGUGUUCACCAUACACCCUAUUCACCCAGAAUAGGUUUGGUCUUCCUAUUCUUUGUGUCAGAUGUGUGCCCUUUCAUCCUUUUUCUUAAACAGGAUCUACUCUGACCUGCUGCUACUGGAUGCUACUGACAUGAGAUCAUGUAUAUAAAAAUUUGUAGAGGUUUCAUAUGUAGGAAUUUAAGAAGCUGUUGGUUACAUUGUUAGCUUCUCAAAUGAUUGUUUCAGUGUUAAAUAAAAGGGCACAUAACUGGCACUUUGGUUUGUUACAGGGUCUUAUUCCUUGAUGCUGGUGUCCCCUAGUCAUUUGAUUGCCAGUGAAUGGCAAUUUCAAGCUGGGCAAGAGCUACAUUUGUGCUAUCAAGGGUCUUCCAUGUACUGCUUUUCUCAUUAUUCCCAAAGAUGGGCUGUAGGUCACUUAUAAAGUUGUGGUUUGCUGCAGUACCUUUAACUUGUACAUAAUAAGAAGGAGAGUUCAGUUGUGUUGUUACAUAAUUUGUGUCCUAGAAGGUGUUCCUGGGAUAAGAUCUGGCUUUUUAGUAUGCAUUUACAUGCUAUUCUAACUCAGUUGUUGAAACUCUAGAAAGCUUAUCCAAGAUCUUCCACUUGUUGGCCAAGACCAUUUGGAUGUGGUAUCUCAUCAUUCAGAUGACUCUUCAUGACAUGCUGUAGGUGGUAUGAAGGUAGAGGUAGUUGGUUCCUGUAUGAUGUGGUCUUCAGGCUUUCUUUGUGUAACAUAAUUAUGGUAUCCAGAAAGUCGAUGUGUUGUGUGGAAUAGACAAAUCUUGGUUUAAUUGUAGGAUGGAAGGUGGUGAUACUGCUUGGGAAUAUCUCACCAUGCUCGUGAAUAUAUAAUCUAUGUACCUGAGGCAUGUCAGUAGAGUUAAAUAACAAAUCUUGUUCAAGAUCAGCUAUGAAUAUGUUGGCAUAUUGUGAUGCAUGUGGGCAGGGGUGGACCCCAUGGUUUCUGGACUCAAUGUCCUUUCUUGGCCUUGAUUAGCUAAUACAAAUUAUUAUGACUGAACACCUUAAGCAAGGAGUAGUUGAAGUAGACGAGGCACUGGUUUUCUUAAGGGUUAAAAUCUCAUAACCAGUGACUAUGGAACUGGGAAGCUGCAAGGAGAAAAGUAUUAUCUCCCUGUGGUCAAGGAUGACAAAAAAUGUAGUCCCAACAACAUGCGGAGAGCCACAGGUUGCCUGUCCUUGCCUUAGUUCAGGAGUGGUUAAUCCUUUUGGGGCCAAAUAUGAGGGCCAUAUUUCAAAGUGAUUGUGGCUAAAGUGUAAAAGUGGGUGUGGUCAAAAAUUAAAAAUGAAGGACAAAUAGCAGAGGUCACCAAAAAAAUUGGCCUCACUGCAGAGGACCUACAGAAGUGGUCAUUUUAAAAAACAUUUAAAUGAUAAGUUCAGGGGGAUCUUGCAUGGGGGACCCAAAAAACCUAAAUGUGGAGGGGCUGAAUGCUGGGUGCAAGUGAGCCUUAGAUGGAUUCCAAAUCACAACCUCAACAGGUUUCUGGUAGUCGUAAGACAAUGGAGAAGACACCAAGGAUUCUUGUUCUCCAUGCCCUCUCCCAAGAAUCUAGGUCACAUCCACACCAUACAUUUAAAGCACUCUUAUACCUAUUUAACAGCCAUGCCUUCCCCCAAAGAAUCCUUGGGACAGGAGUUUAGGGGUGCUAACCUCACAGAGCUACAAUUCCCAGCACCCUUAACAAACUACAGUUCCUAGGAUUUUCCAUGACUGUUAAAGUGGUAUAAGAGUGCUUUAAAUGUAUGUUGUGGAUGUCUCAUCCUAAGUAGUAGUUGUUAUUCUUGUGCAGGAGGCAAGGUUAAAGUAGGGUAGAUGGUAAUGGCUGCACAGUUUCUUUUAAAGAUACAUACUUGUGAAGUCAGGGUCUUUGGAAUACCCUAGCUCUUUUAUUUGGCAAGUCAACUAUCAGAGACCAAGGUUUAGGAAUUAAGGAUCCUGGUUCUCGCCAACAAAUAGGCCAAAGACUGUAUGGAAACUGGAAAGAUGUAGCAUUUUCCCUGGAGACUACUAAGGCUGAGAUACUUUGUCAGGGUAACUGGGGAAAACCUUGCACAGUUACUGUUUUUAACAUUUGCCUUAACGAGAGGAAAUAAUGUGGUUCUUGAGUUCUCAUUUGUUUCAAAAUAUUUGAGCUUCAAAUUUCCAUAUUUUUUGGAAUUGCCCUAGGCAGUUGUACCAAAAAAAGUGAACUUUGACAGACAGAGGAUCAAAUGCAGAAGAUCACUAAUUUCCUAGACAGAGGAGUAUAUAUUCAACUGAACUUGCUUGCAAUGGCAUUUGUUUGGCUGAAACUAGUGUCUGUAGGUAGAGAGCAUGGAAAUCAACUGGUGCUUCAUGAAGGCCUUGACAUUUGUUAGCAUAUUGUCAAUUUCAAUAAAAGCAUUCUCAGAAUUUGCAAGUGACCUUAGAAUCCUACAGCCUUCAUACAGAACUCUAUUUUAUUUUAUUUUCAUUGUUGGCUUGCUCAUUUAAGAAAGUACUUAAGAAAUUAAAUAAUCAUAACUUUCCUGAAUGUUAUGAACUGCAUCCAAUAAAAACAUAUACAGAGUAGACCCAUUGAAACUAACUAGUUUACACAAUAGGUCUAAUCUGACCAGGAUGUAGUUGGAUACACACAAUACAUAAAACUGCAUCCAGUGUUAAUCCUACUCAAACCCAUUGAUAUUAAUGGAUAUGAUUCUCUGAGAUCCAGUAAUUUCAAUGUACCUACUCUGAGUAGGACUUAGGUAGACACAACCCAUAAUUUGGAAACGUAGGCAGUUCCCCAUCCUUAUAUGUAACAUAAGAUUAUAAGAAUUUUCAUGAGGAUUUUUUUUAAAAAAAAUCACAAAUUGCUGCAGAAAUGUGUAGAACUGAAUUUAAGAUUGGAAAAUUGAGAAACCAAGAACCAAAACUGACAGAUCUUUCCAUCCCUAGUAGCAAAGGUACCCUGAUAUUCUCUUUACAUUGAGGGCAUAUAUUCAAAAUUAGAUAAUAUGCAUUAGUUACUGCUUACUGGUAUUUAAAGUGUACAUGGGAAUUUUUUUAUGUUUCCUUCAAUGUUUAUGUAUUAAUUGUUGAUGCAGGCACAGCAGAGGAAAUAGGACGGUGUCCGAAUGCAGGGGAAGGGGUAUGUAGAGGUGAAGGCUACCAGUCCGAGUCUCUGAGGGUUCAAACUUCACAGAAACAGAUAGUUAAUGGUUUAUUGUGAAUAUGCAGAUUGCUCAUGCUUCGUUCCUCCCCGUUAGCAACAAACCACAAUCCUUGCAUUCAGACCAGGGAUUGUGAUUGUUUUGCUCCAAGCAAACCAUGAUUGGUUUCAUAUCAUGAUUUGCUUUGAGUAAAACAAGCCAUGAUCCCUGGCUCAGUUGCCACACUAAGCCAAGAACCAUGGUUUAUUGCUCCCCUUCAUUAACAGGGAGGAGUGAAGCAGGCACAAUGUACACUCACUAUAAAUCAUUAAGCAUGGCUUGUCGCAGGGGUAGCAAAUGUGGUGCCCUCUAGAUGUUGAUGGACUACAACUUCAUUAUCUCUGACCAUUGUCCAUGCUGGUUGGGGCUGAUGGAAGUUGUCGUCCAGCAACAUCUGGAGGGCAUCACCUUUGCUAUCCUUGGCUUACUAUGAUGUGCAUACACAUAGUCAGACAAGAAACCUGCAAGCAUCACUUUAUUGCCCAGAAGAGCAAGAGAUUUUAUUAGCAAUUUGAUACUUGCAGAAGGGACAACAGAGACGCACAAAUUAUGAUCUCAAAACUGAUCACAUUUACAACCCAGCAGAGAGUUGCUGCUCCAUACAGCAUAUGUCUUGUCUCUCUCUGAUUAAACUUCCGUAGAAGGAGGAGGAAGGUGUAUUUCAGGGAACUGGAUACUGUCCGUAUGCAACUCAUGAUGCACCAUAGGAUUUGCAUGUUUUCUGUGAUACAGCACUAACUGAAAAUCACAUAUCUGACACCACUUUGCUGAAAUAUUCUUUGGGACCCAUUUUGCUGGGAACUUUUAGAUAUGCCUAGCCUUUUCAGUUGUGCAACUGCAUUCGGUAUAUUAUAAUUAAUGUGGCAAUAAAAUAAAAAUCCUUGUCCACAUGCAGUGGAAAAGAGGGAAUAAUAAUUAUUCUAGAUUAAUCCAGAGUGAGUCUUUUAUAUGUGCACCUGCAGAUAACGCAAACAACUUACUAAAUAUGGACAUUAUGGUUGCAUUCCUACACACACUUACCAAGGAGUAAUCCAUAUUGGGCUUACUGAGUGAACAUGCAUAGGACUGCAGUGUAUGAAUAUGUAUUAUUAUUCUGCCAUGGGAUAAAAAGUCUGUGAAUAUGUAUUAUUUUGCUACGGGAUAAACAUAAGCUUGAUGAUAAGACACCUAGGUAUUAUUCCUAAGCAUGGUAGAUAAAAUUCUUAAAGAACCGAGUUUUUAUUCCAGUUCACCCUAAUUGCAAUAGUUAGAAAAUGCAGGACUGUGAAAAGCAAUCAGGAGCAAUAGAGAGAGACAAAAGACUGGAAAUGUUCAGAGAAAUGUUCAGGAAAAAGAUGGCAUGUCAAUGAGGAGAAGAAAAUAGACAGAGAAGUGUUAGUAGAUUUAUCUGGCUGCUGGGUACUUCCAUACCCUGUUUCUUGCAAGUAAACCUUGGCUGGAUGGGGCUUAAUUUUGAGUAGAUGUGUAGGGGAUAGGAACGUAGGAAGCUGCCUUAGACAAAGUCAGACCAUGGAUCCAACUAGCUUGGUAUUGUCUACACUGACUGGCAGUGACUAUCUAGGAUUUCAAAGAGGGAACAUUCCCAGCCCUAGCACAACAAAUCCACUUUAAAAAAAAAGGCGGUGGAGAUGGGGGCUUUUUUGCGAUUUGGAAAGUGGUGGGGAAAUGCAUUGAAAAGUAUGGGAGGACAUAUGAACACUGCACAAACAAAUCAGGAGGAACGUUGAUUGCUGUAUAAUCUCCCUAUAAACAAAUCAAAAUGAAUCCUUAGUAAAGAUCAGGCCACUGUGUAAUCUUUGGUCAAGCAAAUCCUUAUGAAUGCUCAAUAAACAGGUCAUCUGGAAGAGCCCUGAGGAGAUCUACACAUUACAGCGGAAUCCUGUGGCUGGAAUUCAACUAUCAUAUUAGCGCAAGGAUUUCCACUUGUGCAAUGGGUCCACCCCUACUCAGCCCACAUGCACCCAGCACCCUCCUCAUAUCUGCUCCAGAGGAUUCGGGGAACCCCUAGAACAGAUUUAGGGGGCAUGUGGGGGAGGAGGGGGAUGUUCCAUUGCACAAGCAGAAACCCUUGUGCUGACAGGACAGUCAUGUAGCAAAACAUUGGAUACAACCCUAUUGUCCUAUUGAAUUCGAUGGCUCUUACUCUCAGUUAAAUGGGAUUAGGAUUGCAACCUUAAGCUGUCUGCCCUAAUAUUUUGCUUCUUUUUUUAAAGGCUAAUGCAGUGGUUCCCAACCUUUAUGAGUAUGGGACCCCCUUGGUAAGCUCAAAAAAAAUUGUGACCGCCCCCCUUGCUAAUUGUAAUUUUAAUCUCUGUUAAUUGAAAAAAUGGUGCAUGGCAAAAUCAUAUCUCUAAAUAUCCCUUUCUAUAAAAAGCUCCCUGCAGACAGGGAGGUGUUGCUUUCUUUUCUUAAUGCAAAGAUCCAUCAAAUUGGUAUCAACAGUCUGAAGAUGUACAGUCAUGUCUCCCAACACCAGCGGGUUACAGUGUUGGACUAAGAGCCAGAUUCAAAUCCCCACCCAGCCAUGAAGCCCACUGGGUGACCUUGGACCAGACAGUCUCUCAGCCUAACCUAUCUCACAGGGUUGAUGUAAGGAUAAAUGGAAAGGGGGGAACCAUGUGCACCACCUUGAGCAACUUGGAGGAAAGGUGGGAUAUAGAUGCAAUAAUAAUUAAAUAAAUACAUUUCUGCUGAAAUACCAGGAUCCCAGCCUUAGACAACCUGCUGAGCUUUUUUUUUCUUUAAUAAUAAUCAAGAAGCAGCAAUGUGUUGGUGAUGGGGAUGCUAGAUUAUAUACUGCUAGACAACAAGGUGCACUGAUUGAGGAGGGGGGUUAGUGCUUUUAGGCCUUGGGAUGAUCAUCAGAACUGAUGACUUGGUUAGCAUGCAUUCUGACCCUUGGAGAAUGAAAGCGGAGCAGAAGACAGAUCAGGGCAUGCACACACACAAACACACCUGGCCCUCCUGCAAGCAUCUGCAGGAGUGCGUGCAUUCGGGGCACGUGGGAGGGGGAAAGCCCUCAACUGCUGCAGCAUCUUGGGGAGAGAGAUUGGGUGGGUGGAGUGUAGGUGGAAGGAAGGAGGGACGCUGGCACACACACCUAGUCUCAGAAAUGGAGGGUGAUCAAGUCCUGCGCUUCCUCACUGCUUCUUGGCUCUGUCUAGGCUGAAGGCAAGAUCUGGGCAGCCUCGCAAAUAAGAAUAAUUUUUUUAAAGGAGGUGGCAGCAAAGCAGGAGCCAAGAAAGGCAGGCAGGCCGGGUGCCAGGAAGGAAGGGGGACACAGUCUUUCCUUGCAGCCUUGCUUCUUUUUGCUUCACGAAAAGCCCUCUCCUCUCAUUCUGAGUAAGGGCGUUGUCAGCAGUGGCAGUGCGAGGAGACAGGAGUCAGCUAUAGUCAUCCCCUGUUCUUCCUGGUAGCUCCGCCCUCAGCCUCCUUCUGCAUCUGACACAUGCUUUGUAGGCAGACACCUGCCCUCGGCAUACCUGAAAGACACUCUGCCACUGCAGCGAAAGUGUUCCCCUCUUGUUUGGGGCAAGGAGGAGGUGUCGUCCUUUAAAGACCUUUUUAAAAUAAAUAAAUCAUUUCUUUACUGUUCGCGGCCCCCUUGGGGGUCAAGGCCCCAGGGUUGGGAACCACUGGGCUAAUGUAUUGUACUGAGCAAUGGAAUUAUUUUGAAUACAGUGCUCUAGGGAGAGAGUAAAUUAUAAAUAAGAAUCCUACAGCACUAGUAUCAAAAUUUCUACUAAUUCCUGGAACUGCCUUUGUUAAUGAAAUUCCCCAUAUUUGCAAAUGUAAAAGAGUAAUGAAGGCAAUAAAUGAUGCAGUUCCAUUUAUUUUGCAAGUUGCAUUGCUGUAGCCCAAACUUGUUAAUUGAAAAAGUAGGAACAAUAAAUGCUAUGCACUGUAUGUCAUUGGGAUUUUUUAUUGUAUAUAAAUUGUUCUUUAAUGUCCAAACUGUAUAUUUGAAAAAGCAAAAAUAAACAAUAUUCUGGGAGGGAAACCCUUGAUCUUUUCAUCAUUAUAUUCUUUUAUAUUGGUGAUAAUCCACAAGAAAAGAAGGCAAGUAUAAUUACAGCAGUGUGGAGGCAAGCAUAUUUGAUGUUACGGUCAAUUUUAUUUCUGUUGGAAAAGGAAAAUAUUCAAAAUGAACCAGUAUUGAAAAUAUAGUGCCAAGAUUAUGGAUUCUCUGAGUUGCACCAAUUCUCUCCAAGAUUGUUUUUCUAGAGUGGUUUUAUCAAAUAUGUCUACCUAUGCUGAAGCACAAAAAGGUUGUACCCAAAAAGGUUGCGUUAUACUCAAGAGUACACCUGUUAAAAGAAAUGAACCGAAGUUAGUCAUGUGCAUCAAUUUCAAUGGAUCUGUUCUAAUUAUAACUAGAACCAACCCUAAGUUAUUAUUUGUUUAACUUUAUGCUUUGCCAUAAAGGCUCAGAGCAGAUAUUAAUUCUUACAACAUACAGUGUAAAACAAAAAAUUGGGCCACAUUCACACCAUACAUUUAAAGCACUAUUGUUCCACUUUAAACAGUCGUGACUUCCCUCAAAGAAUCCUGGGAAGUGUAGCUUGUGGUGAGAGUUGUUAAGGAAAACCCUGUUCCCUACAGAAAGCUACAGUUCCCAUAGUUCCCUGGGGAAAGGAAUUAUUGGUAAAUCACUCUAGGAAAUGUAGCUCUGUAUGGGGAAUAGGAGUCUCCUAAAAACCAUCAGCACCCUUAUCAAACUAUAUUUUCCAGGAUUCUUUGGGGGAAACUAUGACAGUUUAAAACAGUAUGAUACUGCUUUAAAUGUAUGGUGUGAAUGUGCUAUUGGUCUUUCAAAUGGAUUAACUAUAGCUAGCAUGUGCCACCCCAAAUAUAUGCGUAUUUGUGGCCUUUGCCUCGUGCUCCAGCUUCCUAUCUACCAGGGACUGUCUUCCCCACCCCCAAAAAGCCCACUUUUGGGAGGUACAGAGACCUGGGAAGGCACCAUUUAUAUUUUGCCUAUAUUUUUGCCUUGUGAGGAAGAAGUGACAAAGUGAAGCCCUUAACUUGGCUUGGAUGGGACCAGCGCCAUUUGGCUCCUUCCAACCCAGAACUGCCACUAUAUCACCAUUCCAACCCGUGUUAGUUGCAUGCAGCAUUGUUUCCAUUCCAUUGCAGUUUGGUUUCCAGCAAAAACAGUGCUAUUUGUCUUGCUGUCUUCUGCGGCAGAAUUUUACAUAAUGAAUAUAUGAAUAAGAAUCCUGCAACACUGAUGUUGAAAUUUCUACUAAUUUUGUUAAAGGAAUUCCCCAUGUUUGCAAUUUACUAUUGUAAAAGAGCAAUAAAAGCAAUAAAUGAUGCCCUUCCA